UUUGAAAAUUUCUUACCUUAUUCCUGCUCUGUGAUCUGUCUUAAUAGAGAAGUUGUUCAGUGCUUUUAGUCACUCCUACCUGCCCUGCUGAAGGGCUGUGCAACAGGACUGUUCUUUUUGGAGAGAUGAAURCUGCACGUAACAUUCAAAUUGCAGGUGUCCCUCAAACAACCAAAAAUGGUUCUAAAGAAGAAAAAAGAAAUUCAGGUGGAUGCAUUCUUUCUUGAUGAGCAACAGCUUGAAAAACUUAGGAUGUUUACAGGGUCUGAGGAGCAAAAUCUGGCAUCGCUGCUUCUGCACUGUGCCCAGCUGAGCAAUGGCAUCCAGCAGAUUCAGUACAUUAAACAGAUUAUGCCUUGCCUGAAGAAGAUGGAUCAGAAGUCUGCAUCUGAUCCCAUGGUUAAGGCUAGUUUGGAUAUUUUGGGAGAGAUAUAUUUUUCACUGAGUGUGAAGAAUCCCUUGAAAAAAGUUCUACAAAGUUCACUGAAUUGUCUUCCUGAACAGCUUAUGACCGAAGCUAUACAGAGCUUUGUGUGCUGCCUUAGAGAAGAACUGAAAACCACAGAUAUAUAUUUGUAUAGGAAAGUAUUGGACAACCUUGUUUCUUGUAUGGAAGACUUCAGUCUAGGUAAAGCAAGCAUUAAGAACCUAUUCAAAGAAGUUCUUCAGUUUCUGCAGAAAUCUCUGCUUGACAUACAAGAAGAAAACAGGCAAAACAGUGGAAAUCGUAUUGUUCAGACCCGGCUGAUGCACGACUUGUUGGUGGCUAUUAAAGUUUCAAUGAUGCUUCUGCAGAAACUGCAAGAAAAUAUUCAGAGAAAUCUUUUGAAAAAUCCUGACUGUUAUAUUUGGCAAAGCAUGUGCAGCUUACUGAAAAGCUCCACAAACUUUCUAAUGGAUGAAACUCUGCUGCAGACUGUUCAGACGACUUCAGGGCUGGCCUUCAUUCUCUUCACUAAAGUUAUGUAUGGGACACCUGAAAAGUUACCUUCCUUAGUCAGUGACUUGAUUCUUGGAUCAGGGAGAGCUACAGAGCUACCAGCAUGGUUUGUGAGCAACUGUGGGGUCCUCUGUAAUGGAAAACUCCCUGACUCAGUCCUCCUCUUUCUCUGUCAUGGAGCCCUGGCUAUGCUGGAGUGGAAGAGUGGCAGUAUGGGUGAAAAGGGAGAGAAACUCUUGCUAGAUAUCGCAUCAGUCCUGCUGUCUYUGAGUUCAGAGUUGAAAGAAUCCAGCAUGGCCACUUCUUUGUCUAGAAUCCUUGCUAUUUGGACUCAUUCAGGGCUAGAUGCCCUUGCUUCAUGUUCCCCAAAUCUAAAAAUCCAUCUUAAUGGGAAUUCAGACAUACCCAGGAAAUUGCUGGAAUAUGUUUACACGCACUGGGAACACCCUCUGGAUGCUGUUAGACACCAAACCAAACUGAUAUUCAAGAAUCUUCUUCAGAUUCACCAAAAGACCAUUAACAGAUCAGAUGAAAAAUCCGACCUGUUCUUCGCAGGCUUGACAAAACGUUUACUGAGUCUGGAAUGGCAUGUGAGAGGGAAAUACGCUUCUCUUGGCUGUCUCGUGGAGUUCAUGGGCACUGAAAGUGUAUUACAGUUGGACCAAACAAUUCCAAUGCAGAUCUUGGACGUGAUGAAUGAUCAAACUCUUGCACCGUAUGCUAGUGAUCUUCUGGAAACCAUGUUUGUAAAUCAUAAAGUUCAGUUCACCUCAGGAUUUCAAGAAAGUACCUGGAUUGAGCAGUGGCAUGAUACCUGGGUUUCUCCUCUUCUUUUAAUACUAUGUGAAGGGAAUCAUGACCAAACUACUUACAUAAUAGAUUACUAUUUACCUAAGUUGCUGAAAUGUAGCCCUGACAGCCUGAAAUACAUGAUUAAAAUUCUUCAGGCUUCUGCUGGUGCUAAUCUUGGCUCUCGCAGCAGGAGAGGAGCUCUGGGGGCGCUGAUGGCCUGUCUGAGGGCAGCCAGGGCUCACGGCCACCUGGAGCUCUCGAACAUCAUGGGCAGCGGUCUCGUCUCACCUGACUGUAUAAAGCAGGGCCUAGUUCAUCAGCACAAUCAGGUUUGCAUUGAUGCUUUAGGUUUGCUUUGUGAAACCCGUCGCAGUACGGAAACUGUGUCUGUAGAAGAAAUGCAACUCAUUCAGUUUUUUAUUGCUUACAACUUGAAUAGCCAGGCUCCUUCAGUGAGGCAGCAGAUGUGUUCUUUACUGAGAAAGCUGUUUUGUAGGAUACAAGAAAGCUCUCAGGUGCUUUAUAAACUGAAGCAAAAUAAAACCAAGCAAGAAUUACUUGAAGAUUCCACUAAAUGGGAUCCUGUGGUGACUUUGCAGCAAUAUAAAGUUUUUAUGUCAUCYCUAUGUGACAGACUUUUUGAAGCGCUGUUUCCUGGUUCAUCCCAUGCAACCAGAUUUUCUACAUUAACUAUUUUGGGAUCAAUAGCAGAAGUAUUUUCUGUUCAAAAAGGUCAGACCCAAGUUUUUCAGUUGACUCAAGAAAUUGAUUCUGCCCGUGUCCAAACUUUGCUGCAGUGUUUGGCCAGUACUUUUGAAGAAGUGAAAGUCCUGGCAUUUGACCUUUUGAUUAAACUACGUGAUGUUACAUUUAAUUUACAGGAUUCUGAAGAUCUAGACCUCUUAUUUCAAGCAGCAAUGGAUCUUAGCACGAGUAACAAGCCUUAUGAUUGUGUGACAGCUUCAUAUUUGUUGAACUUGUUAGUACAUCAUGAAGAGCUGCCGCGUAUUUGUUUAGGAAAAUGGAUUGAAUGCAACUCUCAGAUAGAUGAAGAUCAAUCAAUCAGUGUAGUGGAGAAGAACACUUUAGUAGUUAUCAAGAUUUUGUUAGCGAAUGUUGAGGAAGAAAUAUUUCAAGCCAAAAAGUCCUUGCUUCAAGCAGCAGCAUCAUUCCCAAUGUAUGGGAGAGUGCAUUGUAUAACUGGGGCUUUGAAGCAAUUACCUUUAAGUAACUUGGCAUUAAGAAGUGAAUGGAAGCAAAUGGUGGCCAGGCUCAUUCUGAUGUCCUACAAACUCUCUGGUGUAGUGUCUCCAGUAGUGCAGAGCUCAUCCCCAGAAGGUCUUAUUCCAAUGGACAGUGAUUCAGAAACAGCAGAUCGACUGCAAAUGAUUCUGCACGAGAUACAGCCACAGGACACAAAUGACUAUUUCAUACAAGCAAAGACUUUGAGAGAAUACUGCGAAGUGGAAUCUGAAAAGCUGGUUGACCGCAAGCCAGCAGAAAAUAUUUGCCCAGAAAUAAAAGAUAAAGACAGGCAAACGUGCGAUGUCACAGCUCAAAUGGUUCUUGUGUGCUGCUGGAGAAGCAUGAAGGAAGUGUCUCUGCUCUUGGGGACACUGUGCAAACUUUUGCCUUCACAGGCUGCAUCUCAAGCUGCAGAUGGGUUGAUCACUGUAGAACAGGUUAAAAAUAUUGGGGACUACUUUAAGCAUCAUCUGUUGCAGUCGAGACACAGGGGCGCGUUUGAGUUAGCGUAUGCUGGCUUUGUGCAGCUUACAGAAAUGCUCUCCAGAUGUAACAUUGAGAGUCUGCGCAAGAUGCCAGAGCAAUGGUUAUGUCACGUCUUGGAAGAAAUCAAGUCUUGUGAUCCUUCAUCUAAGCUAUGUGCAACCAGACGUAGUGCUGGAAUUCCAUUCUACAUACAGGCUUUGUUAGCUUCCGAACCGAAGAAGGGCAAAGCAGAGUUGCUGAAAAUGACAAUGACAGAAUUGCUGGCUUUGGCCGCACCUCUGAAAGAAGCAGCAAGUGUAAUUCCACAGGUUCAUGCUUUAAAUAUCCUGCGAGCGCUGUUCAGGGAUACCCGCUUAGGUGAAAACAUCAUGCCCUACGUGGCAGAUGGAAUACAGGCAGCAGUGCUGGGUUUCACGUCCCCUGUUUGGGCAGUAAGAAAUUCUUCAACUCUUCUUUUUAGUGCUCUAAUUACAAGAAUUUUUGGAGUUAAAAGAGGGAAGGAUGAAAAUUCAAAAAAAAAYAGAAUGACAGGAAGGGAGUUUUUCUCUCGGUUUCCAAGUCUUUAUACUUUCCUUCUCCAACAGCUGGAGGUUGUAGCCAAUGCACUGGACAGUGAAACUGAAGAGUUGAAAUCGCAUCCAAAUUUGUUCCUUUUGCUUUUAAUUCUGGGAAAGCUGUAUCCAUCUCCAAUGGAUGGCACUUACUCAGCCCUGAGCAUGGCACCAUUUGUCCCACUUAUUAUAAGAUGUGGCCGCUCUCCCAUGUACCGGUCGCGUGAGAUGUCGGGCCGGGCCCUGGUGCCGUUCGUCACCGUAAACGAGGUGCCACAGACGGCCCUGUCGCUGCUGGGGGCACUUCCAGACUGCACCAGCCCUCGCGUACGCCAGAAUGCUGUUCAUGGGACACUCCUGCAAGUUUUUCACUUGCUGCAGUCAUACUUGGAGUCGAAACAGCACGUUAAUUCAGACUUUCAGGAGGGACUGAAUGACAUCGUUACCUCUGUAGGAACCAAACUGUGGUUGGCCAAAAGGCCAAAUCCUUGCUUGGUGACUCGAGCGGCCUAUAUUGAUGUCCUUGUGAUGCUGAGUACUCACCUGGGGAAGCUUCAAAUACUAGGAACACAAUUCUCUGGAUUUUGGAAAGAGCUGAACACCAUAAUUUCRGAGUCUGAAUUGAUGACAGGUAUUCCCUACUUGUCUCCAGUGCCAGGACUGGCACAGUAUCUUCAGAGCAUCACCAAGCUCGUAAUAUCAGUGCUGUCAGUGACCACAGACCCUGCCAUCCAGAGCAGCAGUUCAUCUUUUACAGAGAAAAUAGCCCAGCCAUCAUUGUCAUUAAUUAGUCUCCUUCACUGUGAGUUUCAUGAAGUGCGUCUGCUUGUCAUGGAGGCAGCGCUGCUUUGGCUGAAACRGAUGAAUUCCAAGCAAGUUAGAGAAAAAGAGAGAGGUGUGCAGUGCCUGCUCUCUGAUAUGGAAGACACUCUACUCUCAGUUGCUGUGAAGGAGAGUAAUCCCCAGUGCUUUUGCAAGGUGCUGGAAAUUCUUUAUAACAUGGAUCUCCAAAGUGUGCUUCCAAAGACUGAAUGCUCUAUGAAAAUGAAUCCAAAUGAACUCUUAAUCUGGAGUUUGAAUAUUGUAGAUAGCUCCACUAGUACUGAAAUUCAAAGCGUAGCUCUCAAAUUUGCCUCAAAGUUGGUUGUUCAUCUUCUACAGAAUCAUCAACAGGUUUCAGAAGAAGUCUUAAAAAAGUGGAUUCAGUUGAUAGUUUAUUCUUGUGGAGAUGAACAAGAGACAGAAAUGCUGUUAGCAGCUGCAGAAGUGCUUAAAAAUAUAACAUCAUUCAUCCUGAUCAGUGAAAAACUUGUUCUUGGUCUGUCUGAUACACUUGCUAUGUGGAAAUGUGUGGUUCUCCUGCUGCAGAAUGAGGAUUUGGUGGUAAGGGACGCUGCUGCUGAGGUUGUACAACUGGCACAGUCUCAAAGGAAGAACAGUACAGGGACAGACUUUGCAUUUAGGAUAGUGAGUGCCCCAAUGGCCUUGGAUUUAGCUUUUGGCACGGUGUGUGAGCUGCUCCAGCUGUGGGGGGAAGUCCGUGCUGGGAUCCCCAUCCUGCUGGAAUGGCUGCUGGGAGACAGCGACCUGAAAAGCGACGGGGAGACUCCAGCUCUGGCCGAGGACGCGGCCSAUGGCCUGUUCGCCAAGGGCGAAGGGAACUCGUGGGCGGAGGAGCUGCGCAGCGCCGGGCUGCUCGGCCGGCACGUGGCGGGGCUGCUGUCCGCGCUCCCGCCGGCUGCGCCGUUGGAACGGGCAGCGCUGGAACGGGCAGCGCUGGAGCGGCUCUGCCGCAGUGCCCGCGAGCGGGCCCGGCGCCUCGCGCGCCUCCUCGGGGCGCUGCCACCGGCUCCAGCGCUCGCCGCGACGGCCCAGUUCACACGGCUGGAGAUUCAGCRUCAACGGGUAUCCGCCUGCCUGAAGAUGCUGGAUUUGCUUCAGCCGGAUCAUCUCCGCAGAAACAAAAAGCCGGAGGAGGGAGUUGCCGGCAGCCCACGGGCCGGGAGCCAUGUGUGAUGGGCGGCCACCCCAAGGACCAAGGACGGUGCUCGGGCUCCUGCAAACCUGCAACAAGCUCCUCAGCAGGACCUGCCGGAAAAAUGUACGGCCCAUGGCGAGUCCGGGGGGCUUUUCUCCUUUUUWUUCUUCGUCAGUUGUGGUAUGGGAGACGGCUGCUUGUAGAUGCAUUCGCUUACUGCAUUAAGUGAGCGUGGCUCCUUGCAGCUACUGUGGGAAGCAGAGCAGCUCGACUUAGUGUUUUCCGUCCAUCCAGGUGCAGGCCACCUGUGGUUCUGUCACGUUUUACCCUGUAUUUUUACCUUCCACAUUUUAAUACUCUGAUACACUUAAUGUUGUCUUCCUGCAAUACAUGGAGGAAUAAUUAUAAAGUGAACAGAGUUAGACUGUAAGUUUUUAUUUCUGUUACUAAAAGCAAAGAAAAAAAAUACUGGCUUCCUCCUUUGCCCUUUACAAACAUCACCCUGCCUCGCACUCCUCUCCAGAGGAAGGUGAGGAUCCCGCUUCUGAAGAACCUUCCUUGGCRGAUGGAAACGGCAUUACUUACUCAUACAUGCCUUUUAUUUUUAAUUCUUCCAUAAAUCAAGUGACUGUUUUAAUGAAAUGGUUCUCAAAUGAAGACAAAGCAGCUCCAUUUAGAACUAAGCUGUGUCCUUACUUCCAAAAUCUUUUGUUGUCUAUGUGUUUCUUAGACGGGUGAGAGGCAAUGGAAUUAGGCCCCUGGAUAUGCCCGAGUGCUGCUCCAUCUCCGCGCUCCGUGUUGGAGGGGGGGCCGUGUGCUCACC